CGCACGUGCGCCCUGCCCUGGGAACUGGGCUCACCGCAAGCCCAUAGUAGCCGCCCUGCGGAACCGGGCCAUUGUCUCAGCCUCGCGGGAGGGAGCGGCGCGGGGGGCGCCACUUGCUGGAGGAGGACGACGGAGACAUUUAAAAGAUACCACUUGGGCAUCAGACCAAGCUGCCAGAGACUUGAAAAGGGAAAAGCGAAACAAGAAAGCAGCUACAAAAAGAUUACUCCACGCCGAGUCUGUCCCCGGCUGUGGUGCAUUGCUUGAUGUGAUCUGGACCACCCCUCACUUCCACCUCACGGAGGUUUCUUAGAGACAGGGGUUGCAUUAAGGGUCUAUGGGUCCCCCUCCAAAAAAAGACCGUGCGUAGCGCACCAUUGUUCCUGCACUCCGGCGCCUGCCUCUAUUGGGAGAUCGCGAGCGCCUCCCCAGCCUGCGGAAAGAACAGUCCCACUUCAACGGCGCGGUCUUGGGUUUGGCUUACUCUUCGCCUUGUAUGUAGGUCCAUGCGGCUAGGCAGCCCGGGUGUCAUUGGCUCCUUUUUGCUUAUUAUGUAUUUUUACAAGCAAGGCCAGCCGAGGCCUCUUGCUGUGGGUGGGGACGCUAUUAUUUUCAGUUCUAUCAGAGUUUCUUUGAGAGAAAUUCCCAGGUCCGGAAAGAGAGGCCUCUUGUUUGUUUUGCUUUUUCUUUGCUUACAUAUGCGCAGCUUAGGUUUGCAGAUUUUAGUUAAUCAGGCGUGUUUAGGCAGCAGUAAGAUGGUUGGGGGGAUGAAUUGGCCCCUCAGGUGAUGGUGUUGGUGCAGGAGUAAGCCCCAAGGUGGUGAGAGCCGGUGGGUGGUGCGCAGGGAAGGAGGCCCCGCUGCCUGAUGUGCUUGCUGAGCUGGGGCUACAGCUUCACAUCGACCAGCACCGCUGGAGAUUAAGCUGACCUCCAGCUCUACACCACUGAUAUCAAGAAUCUACAGAGCAUCCAGUGAACUCUCUUAUUUUACAGGUGGGAAACCAAGGCCUGGCGAGUUGAGCCGCAUGGCCAAGGUUAAACCGAGUGAAAUCAGCAACAGAGGGAGGACUUGAGCAUGGGUCCCCCAACUCCAACGCUACCCGGUGGUGCCAGCAGCUAAGGGGAAACCAAGAUUCUGUGGUUGGCUUAAAAGGCAGUGGCCUUAGGCAGAACAGAGUUAAACAAAGAAAGUAAUUCAGAUUGAAAGCAGCACCCUUCCAUUAUCCCUUUCAGGAGUUUUUUAUUCAUUUGUGAAAAGAUAGAUUUAGUAAUUCCUUACUCUCCUUCUAACCUUUCAUAAGCUGUUAUUUUUCUCUGCUGGCUGCCCCCUUCCCCUCAAAUGGGAAUAGGUCCAACUGUAGAGACUUAGAUGGUUUGCCUCUCACUCCUGUGCCAGGAGGCCUUUGUUUGGGCAUAAGCAUGGGCUGUUGACAUCAGCUCAGCUGGGAAGAAAGUGUCUCUUAGUGGGCUACUCCGGAGCCACUUGUGGGAGAACAAAGCAUUGUUUUCACUGAUUUUACUUACUUAAUUUUUUUAAAUGAAAGUUCCACGGAAGUACCUGCUUAUUUUUGUAUUUGGCAGAGGAAAAGUUGGAAAACCGAAAGAACACUUCAAGUCCUGGUUUUCCUAAAGCUGAUGACGUGCCCUGUGCUUAUCUCCUUGCUAUGCUUGUUUGUUUUCUUAGGGUUUCCAGGGUGAUUCAUUUUCGUGGUAAUUCCACUUGGCACUUGAGUAUAGUUUUCUCAUCAGGAUGCUUGCCUUGUAAGGAACUUCAGAAAUCAUCUGGCCAGACCCUUUUAUUUUCCAGAUGGGAAAACUGAGGCCCAGAGAGAAGAAAUUACUUGCCUAAGGACACACAGCAAGGCAGGGUAGAGCCAACUGUGCAGAGCUGUGUGAUGAGCAGCCCGGAGAAGCAGGGAAGGCAUGGAGCCCAGCUCAAAUGAACUGGCCUCCCUGAGCCUGCCCAAGCCCUGGUCUGUCCAGCGUGGAGAUGUUUUUUGAUUAUCCUGAGGAAAGUGAGCCUUGGCCUCCAGACCCAAUAAGGCAAAUAUCCCUCCCAUGGAGAGUAGUGCUGGUUCCUGAGGACCUGGAGGGCCUGCAGCCCCAGGGGGAUUAGCCAGAAGCAGGCUCGUUUUCCUGCUCAGCACAGAGUGGCUUCCUUGAACACAUCUUUCAUUAUGAUUCACUCCAGCUUGAAGAAAAAAUUCAGCUGCUGUGUGCUGGCCUUUCUCCUGUUUGUGGUCAUCUGUGUGUGGAAGGAGAAGAAGAAAGGGAGUUACUAUGAAUCCCUUGAAUUGCAAACCAAAGGAUUCCAGGUGUUGAGGAGUCUGGGGACUCCGGCCCCGGGGUCUGGUUCCCCGUCUGCAUCUUCAAGCAGUGCCCAAGACCCCCACACGAACAGCCAGGACCUCAGCAAUCCCAGGGGCCCAGCCAAGGCUAAGCCAAAGGGUACCUUCCAGGUGUGGAACAAGGACAGCUCUUCCAAAAACCUUAUCCCCAGGCUGCAGAAGAUCUGGAAGAAUUAUCUGAGCAUGAACAAGUACAAAGUGUCCUACAAGGGGCCAGGGCCAGGUGUCAAGUUGAGUGCAGAGGUCUUGCGCUGCCGCCUCCGGGACCAUGUGAACGUAUCCAUGAUAGAGGCCACAGAUUUUCCCUUCAACACCUCUGAGUGGGAGGGUUACCUGCCUGAGGAGAACAUUAGGACCAAGGCUGGGCCAUGGGGCAGGUGUGCUGUCGUCUCAUCAGCGGGAUCUCUGAAGUCCUCCCGACUGGGCCGAGAAAUAGAUGAUCAUGAUGCAGUCAUGAGGUUUAAUGGGGCACCCACAGCCAACUUCCAACAAGACGUGGGCACGAAAACCACCAUUCGCCUGAUGAACUCUCAGUUUGUCACCAAAGAUAGGCGCUUCUUCAAAGACGAUUUGUACAAUGAAGGAAUCCUAAUUGUGUGGGACCCGUCUCUUUACCAUGCAGAUAUCCCAAAGUGGUACCAGAAGCCUGACUACAGUUUCUUUGAUAACUACAAGAGCUACCGUAAGCUGCAUCCCGAUCAGCCCUUUUACAUCCUCAGGCCCCAGAUGCCAUGGGAGCUGUGGGACAUCAUUCAGGAAAUCUCCCCAGAGGAGAUUCAGCCCAACCCCCCAUCCUCUGGGGUGCUCGGUAUCAUCAUCAUGCUGACGCUGUGUGACCAGGUGGAUAUUUACGAGUUCCUGCCAUCCAAGCGCAAGACAGAUGUGUGCUACUACCACCAGCAGUUCUUUGACAAGGCCUGCACGAUGGGUGCCUACCACCCACUCCUCUUUGAGAAGAAUAUGGUGAAACACCUCAACCAGGGCACAGACGAGGACAUUUACCUGUUUGGAAAAGCCACACUCCCUGGCUUCCGGAGCAUUCGCUGCUGAGCAUGGGCUCCCUGGCCAGGUCCCCUCACCCUUCUCCAUUGAGCCUUUUAUAGCCGGUCUCUUGGCCACCUUGGGCCUGGGAAGACCAAAUUCCCAAACAAUCACAGCCUGCAUUCAAAGACUUCUGUCAGCAAGAGCCCAGGGGCUUCAGGAGCCUGGAGGCAAGGAACCAGGUCCAGCCUGCCCUGUAGCUGCAGAGUGUGUGAGCCCAAAGCCUCCUGCACACAUGUGUACACACACACCUAGCAUUCUUUCCAGACAGAGUCCUCCCCUCCUCUGACACAGGUAAAUGCAAGAUCCACUUUUCCCACCAGGGCUGCCAAAGCUGAGCUGCUCUCCCCACCUGAAUGAUGUUAUCCUGGCAAAUGUACCCCUAUUGUUCUUGAAGUCCAUACCUAGACAUUGAUUUCAUGUUUUAGAGAACUUUUCCCAAAUUAUGAUUGUGCCUGGUACAAGAUUGCUCUGGGGGGCAAGUAAGGGGUAUGGGGCAUAGGAAACAUGCUUGAUUUCUCCAGAACAAAGUUGCUCUCAAGAUUGACACACCUGGGAGAGGCAAUGUUUCUAUCCAUUGGCUGUUUUGGCUGGUCCCAAGCGUGUGUGCUAAUGAGGAAGAGUCUUGAUGAACUCACAGCCCUCUCCAUAUGGAGAUGAGAGGUACAGAAAGGUAUAGUCUCCAUCCUCAAGGUGCUCACAUUUCAGUGGGAGAGACAGGGAGGUAGGGUUCAGUGUACUCAGGGCACUGGAGGCUUAUAGACAGGUGGGACGGCUGUGCUAUCUGUCCGCACUCCCACAAGGGGCCACACGCUUACUGUGUCUGUGAGUCAUAGACAGCUUCACAGAGCUGGGGGCAGUAGAGUGGAUUUUAGAGGACGAGAUGAAACACGUCAAGCAGAUUUGGUCUGCAUCAUUUGAGUGGUGUUUUUCUUUCUGCCUUUAUUACCCGUAUUUAUUCUUUAAGAUCUGCCUAAACUUAUAGCCUCAAAUCAUUUUUUGAGGAAAACCUCUGUCCAUGUCUGAGGUAGCAAGUGCAGCCCCAUGGUAGAUGCCAGGCAAACCAGAUGCCAACAACCCGAUUUCUCCAGGCUCAGCCUGGCCUGACACUGUCCUUCCAGCUGGGUUUGCACACGGUGUCCACCUCUUCCUUUUCAAUGCCCACCCCCAAGCCUACUCCUAAUUGCCAUCUUGUUUUUUCUGCCCCCUCCCAAAUUACUUUUAAGCAUUUUCUACUUUAAAAGUAUCCUGACCUCAUUUCUCUGACCCUCAUGGGCCUUCCAUGGAAGGCCUCUCAGGGAGUGGGGAUGUGGUUCCCUAGAAUUUAAAGGUGCUCUCGGAGGUCAGAACCUUAGAGAGCAUUACUGAUUCUCACAGGUGCAUCAGAUUGCCAUGCCCUCCAGCAAGGGAGCAGCGUCAGGGUCUCGGGGCAGAGGCCCUCCCACUGCGGUCUGAAACAUGCUUCCCCGAAGGUUUUGCUAAUCCCCUCCCCCUGGUAGAGAACCGCACCGGACUGGUCGGGCCCCUGGUGGAGAAGGUGAAGGACUUGAUCAAGGUCACAGAGUAAUGCUGUAGAGCCAGGGCUUCCAGAUGCAGGUUGCUGGACUCCUGAAGCAACCCACGUGCUCAAGGGCCUCCAGUGUUUGGGCUCCGGACCAGCCCUGUGGGAGCUGGAGUACUCAUUUGCUGCCAAACCUUUGGCUUAUAUAUGCAGUAGGAAGAGCCCUGGAGUGAGAAGCCCUGGGUUUGCAAGAUGCUGCUCCUCUAUUUACUAACUAUGCCACCAUGGGCAAAUUCUCCUCUGUGAGCCUCUGUUUCCACAUCUAUAAAAUGGGAGUGAUGAGUCUACCUCUCAGGGCUGUUGUGAGGGUUCCAUGAAACACCUGUCCUGGCUCUGUACCUGGCUCACAGCAGGUGCUCAGUACAUGGUGGUGUCCUUCCUUCUUUCACUAAGGACCUCCUCUGUGCUCACACCCAGCAGGACCCUGCUUUGAGGGAGGCCAGAGAAGGGGCCCUGUCAUCAGGUAAUUAACUGUCCUAUUGGGAGAUAGCAGCUACUCUGCUUGGAGCACCCAGGAAACCAUCUAAGGUGGUGGAGGGUGCAGAACGUGGUUCCCUACCUCCUCCCUGCCUGCAGCUCAGGCUGAUCUGCUUGGGAAUGGGCUGAGCACUUGGGCCGCUUACUGUUGUGUGAGCUAGCCUUUUCCACCUUUCUGGGCCCAUGAAUUCCUGGCUUGCUUUAUGUUCUGAUUUGACACAUUCAUUGCAAUCUUUGACUCAUGAACACUGAGCGCAGAGGAAAGUGGCAUUCCAUCAGGAGGAGAUAGAUGUUGGUGUGGACCCUGAGACUACACUGAGUAGAUGCUAGCUUUUAAUUGUUAUUGUUAAUGUAAGGGAUCAAAUUAAUUUAAGUGUGAUUCUGAGGUCUAUGGAGCUUUUAAUUCUGUAUUCUCUCUAUAUGGAGACUCCAGUAAAAUGCAUAUAAGAUAGGGGUAUUGUUGGUCUGGUGAGCUGUUUAAUAUUUGUGACAGAUAAUUUAAAAAUUAUGACUGGGGCCAGCCUGGUGGUGCAAGUGGUUAAGUGCGUGCACUCCACUGCGGUGGCCUGGGGUUCGCUGGUUCAGAUCCCGGGCACGCACCCACGCACUGCUUGUCAAACCAUGCUGUGGUGGCGUCUCACAUAUAAAGUAGAGGAAGAUGGGCAUGGAUGUUAGCCUAGGGCCAAUCUUCCUAAGCAAAAAGAGGAGGAUUGGCAACAGAUGUUAGCUUAGGGCCGAUCUUCCUCACCAAAAAAAAAAAAAAAAUUAUGACUGAGUGCUGCAGGGAAGCUCGUUAUCUCUACGGGAUCCUGUCUUCAGUAGCCAUCUAUUCAUCCUAUACCAUGAGAUCCUCUAGUCUUUUCACCAAUCAAGUAAGCUAUUGAUAUUGUUUUGGAGUUAAGACAUCAAUCUCAGAAACUUCUGAAACAUGUCUCAGCUAACUCUGAAUUAUCCAAAGAUUAUAUAAAAUUUUAAAAUAAAUGUGUUUUUUAAAAA